ACAUACUGAGCUGGGUCUGAAUUUUUAGCUAGGCAGCAGCACUAACUACUGAUCCUCCAUACAGCUUUGCUAUCCCCUUUAUUUUUAAUUGGAGUUUAGCCAUAUCCUCUGGACAUGCAUAAAGAAACCCUGGUCAAAGGUGUUUGCAACAUCUCAAAAAUGUCUCUGGUGUUGUAACCUACAUUUUGAAACAGUUAAAUAGGUGUCAGAGACUGAAAACAAAACACUAGUUUGUAAUUUACAUAGCCAGCAGUGCCUUUAACCAGUGCUUUACAUGGAAGAUAUUUAUAACUUGCAAAACUUUGCCCAUUGGUAGAAUAUGAAUGCUGUUCAAAUCUAUUAUGCACUCAUAGGUAUAUAGAUGUCAGUGUACUUCAUGAGUUACCUUGAAGAUGACACAAAUGGAAAUGCUCAAAGGAAUUUGUUUAGUUUUUUAUAAUUGCUGAUGUUGAAGCAAUUUACUAUCUUUUAUAGAUUGUCACAUUUUGAAUCAACUUGUUUUAGCCUUUCAUUAAAAUGACAUCAAUUCCUCCUCCAAAGAAUUGUUCCGUGGACUCCAGCAGCACUAAUGUGAUUUUAACAGGCUUGAAUGCUUUUGUUUUUGGCUUGGCUGCAAUUGUAUAUAUUGUGACAGUGUGUGUGUCUGUCCGUAUCAAAAGCUCAUCAACUUUUGUGGUGUACCUCAAGAACCUAAUUGUUGCAGAUAUUUUAAGGAUUGUCACCUUUAUAGUUCAAGUGAUUCAACCUUCAAUACCUCUAAAUAUCACUAUACGUGUGUUCCAGUGCCGCUACUCUGAUGUCAUCUUUUAUUUCGCCAUGUACAUGAGUAUUAUUUUACUUGGAUUUAUAGGUUUUGAUAGGUUCCUGAAGAUUGUGAAGCCUUUAAAAACAAAUGUAAUGAAGAACAAAGUCUUUGGAAUUACUGUCUCUGCUUUGGCUUGGAUUUUUAUGUUUUUUCUGAACGCAUUGCCAAAUAUUAUACUGACAAACAAGACUCUACCACAAUCAAAGAAUUUUUUGUGUACAGAGCUUAAGAACGAGUUAGGAUUAAAAUGGCACAACUAUGUCAACUGUGUCAGUUUUGCCAUAUUUUUCGUUGUCUUUGUUUGCCUUGUAAUCUUUUAUGUAUUUAUAAGUAAGAAGGUGUUGCAGGCUUUUAAAAAUGCAAAGCGUCAAGGAAACACACCAAAUGAGAUCAAUACAAGAGUAUUUAUAAUAAUAAUUGUAUUUUUCAUUUGCUUUACUCCCUACCAUUGUGUGCGAAUACCUUUCUUACUGCAAGAGAAUUGCUUAUUAAGCUUUAAUUCAUCCAGUAACAGUCUGCAGAAUGUUAAAAAUAUUACUUUAACACUAACUAUGGUGAAUGUAUGCAUGAAUCCACUAAUCUAUGUAUUUUUAUGCAAAAAAUAUAAAAAUAAAUUGCUGGAAUUUUUGAGAGUGAAAAAGGAGAGCUUGCCUGGAAAACGUGAUAACCCAUCAGGCAUGAAUAGAUGUGAAAAAGAGACUUAAUAGAUAAUAGUUUCAAUUUAAUUUUAAGAGUAUACAUAUCAACAAAAGUUUUCUCCUAGUACACCAAUUAAUCUUAGGUUCUCUAUUACAAUUACUAAUGAAAGCAUUUAAAAUGUUAUGAAGGUUGUACAAAACUUGUUAAAUUGUUUUGUAAUGUAAUUAUGUAUUCUUACAUACCUAAACAAAGGUUUGGUUUUCAAUUUUUAUGUUAUUUUUUUUUGCUAUUGUAACUAUUUGUAUUUGACAUAAUUGUCACCUUAGCUUUGAUCCACUUAUUGUAUUUGAUUUUUUAUAAUAAUGUUCCUUUACUAAAUGAAAAUUUUUUUUGUCUUGCACACUGCCUUUUCUCUGUGUAUUUUGUAUAUUCUCCACAUAUUGUAGUAUUGUGACAC